AUGACUUCCUUCGUAGUGAACAAAGUAGGAGAUGGCAACGGUGCAAGCUUUGACCUCAUCCAAAACCGAAUCGAGUCGCUCAGCAGCAAGAUGGACAAGCUCAUCAACAUUCAAGAAAAGGUCCUAAACCGAUUAGAUGGGAUGUCUCAGGAUAUUGACGGCAUUGAAAUGGAUAUGGAGAAUCUGAAGGUUGACCAUGAGGAGAUCCAUCUUCCACCCAAGAUGGUGAGCCCGACCCAGGGCAUGGGGCAAGAGGUGAGGGAGAUAUGCCAAGAGAUGAGCACCAUAAUGUUGGUGGUGAACCAACGGUCCGAGCAGCAGGCUCAGAAGCUCGAAGGGAUGGAAAAGCUGGUCCUCAGCAUGCAGCAGGUGAUCAGCUUCAUCGGGGAGACGGUGAAGAGUUCCAGGGUUAUGGAGCUGAUUUUUAAAGGCUCUGCGGCUCGGAAGGGCUCGAAACCCAAAGACAGUAAAGGGAAGCAAGCCAUUAAGAGGAAAUCCUCUACGGACACAAUAAACAAGAAACUUGACAAGAAACCUACCUCUAAUAAAGCCAUUAAAGGAAAUCAACAGAUAACUCCUGCAUGUGAGCCCAGUUCUCCACAGACUUCCAACAAGAUAAAGCUCCAUGGACCAAAGCAUUUCCUCACCUGUCGCAAAUGUGGAAAAUUUCUGAAGGACCAGAAAGGUAAAGAUGGGACGGAAAAGCCCCCAUUGAGCCCAAAGGGUCUGAAAGCUCAAAAGAAAAUGAAGCCUCCAGACACAGCAGAAAACAUCUCCUUUAAGAAGCAGGCAUUGCUUCUCGAAGAGGUACAGAAACUGAACAGGGAGAAUGCAGAGAAAUCAGGUCACCAGCUCACCUCUGGACAUCUGGAUCUGGAGGCUGGAGUGUCAACUAAAGACAAACAACCUGACGCCCCUGCUUGCAAAGUGGUCGACUACCUGCUUGAAGAUUCCCAAGCAUCUGUGGAUGAGAAACAAAAGAUUAUAGAGGUGGUUAGUGAGGAGCUUGCUGGGGAAAAGGUGAAUGAAGCAGAAGCAGCGGUAACAGAGGAGGAACCAAAGCUUGAUGUGGAGGAAGAGAAAGAAAAAGAAAAGCUACCAGAGGAAAAUAAGGAAGAGGUUGCUCCUCCUGAAGAAAAAGCCAAAGCCCCAGAGUUGCCGGCUGCCCAUAAGGACGAAAAAGAGCAGACUGCAACUAGUGACGACCACAAAGAUGCCCCAUCAUCUCCAGAAUCUGAGCAGGACCAGAUAUCAGAGGCCAGCAGAACGAGCAGCGAGUUAUUUGUGACCGAGGAACUCUUUGUAGUGGAGGAACACACAAAGAGCCGGGUGGUGGUGGUGGAGGAGGAGAAGGAAGAGGAGGAGGCGAAGAAGGAAGACAACGAGGAGGAAGAGCAGAAUCUUGAGUCUGAGGGCUGGGCCGUCUUCAGGGCAGAUGGAAUUCAAUUCCAGUUGAACCUGAAACAAAGGGUGGAGAGAGAGAGAAAGGUGAAUGAUGCGGUUGAAGAUGCAGAAGAGGAGGAGGAUGAAGAUGCAGAGCAGUACUUUAUUGACACCUCUACUCCUCCAGCGGCUCCUUUUAAUCACCGCAUUGUUUCUGCCAAGCCCAACCAGAUCAUCAACUUCUACACCAUCAACUGGCAGGAGGUCCUGGGCGGGGGUCGUUUUGGCCAGGUGCACAAAUGUGUUGAAAACUCCUCCGGUCUCACUUUGGCAGCGAAGGUCAUCAAAGCCAGGAGUCUGAAAGAAAAGGAGGUGGUGAAGAAUGAGAUCCAGGUCAUGAAUAAUCUGGACCAUGCCAGCCUGAUCCAGCUCUAUGCAGCUUAUGAGUCAAGGAAUGACAUCAUCCUUGUACUUGAAUAUGUCGGUGGAGGAGAGCUGUUUGACAGGAUCAUUGAUGAAAACUACACUUUGAUGGAGCUGGACGCUGUUCUUUUCAUCAGGCAGAUUUGUGAGGGCCUGCAGCACAUGCACAAAAUGUACAUCCUACACUUGGAUUUAAAGCCAGAGAACAUUCUAUGUGUGAGCAGAGUCACAAAUAAGGUCAAAAUCAUCGACUUCGGUCUUGCUAGGAUAUACAAACCACGUGAGAAGCUGCGAGUGAACUUUGGCACUCCAGAGUUUCUUGCUCCCGAAGUCAUCAACUACGACUUUGUGUCGUUCAACACAGACAUGUGGAGCCUCGGCGUCAUCACCUACAUGCUUCUGAGCGGUCUCUGUCCCUUCCUCGGUGACGAUGACAACGAGACUCUGAACAACAUCUUGGCCUGUAAGUGGAACUUUGAGGAACAAGAGUUUGUGGAUACGUCUGAGGAAGCCAAAGACUUCAUCUCCAAACUACUCGUUGUGAAUAAAAGCUGGAGGAUGGGAGCAUCUGAGGCCUUGAGACAUCCUUGGCUGUCUAACCCAGUCCUUCAUCAUCGCCUUCAUACGAAGAAAACUAUGUGCAGAUCACGGCGUUCAUCGUGUGUGCCUACGACUGAUAGUUGAGGGCUACAAAGAUGUGAUGGCUUCAGCCAUGGCCACUUGGACCAACCUUCCUGUCCACGUAAAUGACC